GUUUACGUGUUAGCGUUAGCAUGAAGAGUAACAGCACAACACCCGACCUUUGGACGACACAAUGUACAGAGCUCUCUGUAAAGAGGGUUGUUUGAAGGAGACACUGCAUAUUCUGCCUAUCUACAUCGCAAAAGAUGCGCUUUGGGACAGUAAGCUCAUCCAUUCUUUCAUUGCUGCGAGGGAAUUUUCGGUUGUUACAAGAAUCAUUUUUCAAAAUAAACUUAUCAAUAUGUACGCCACUUGCGGAAGCUUAGUGGACUCUCGUAAAGUUUUUGACCACAUGACAGAACGAGACACCUCGUCAUGGAAUGUGAUAAUCGCCGCUUUGCGAAAAUAUGGGUUUUCUGAAGAGACAUUGACAUUGUUUCACCAAAUGCAAAGGACAGGUUUACAACCUGAUCAAUUCACCUUUGCUAGCAUUCUCCCAGCUUGUGCCAAAAUGGGGACUUUGGAGGAGGGUAUGGAAAUACAUCAAAGCAUAACCAGAAGUGGGUUUUCCUCGGAUGUUAUAGUUGGGAAUGCCCUACUAGACAUGUAUGUAAAAUGUAGAAGCUUACAUAAGGCACACAAACUAUUUGACACAAUGCCUCAACGGAACGUGGUCUCGUGGACUGUGAUGAUUGUAGGACAUGCACAAAAUGGUCUUCUAGAUGAGGCUUUAAGCCUUUUCAAAGAAAUACCUCAACAAGAUGUUGUCUCAUGGACUGCGAUGAUUUCAGGGUACGCCCAAAAUGGGCUUGCUGAAAAAGCCUUGGAAAAUUAUAAGCAAAUGCAAUUGGCAGAUGUCAAGCCAAACUCGGCAACCUUUGUUAGCAUCCUCUCAGCUUGUGCCAAAAUGGGAGCUUUGGAACAAGGUAUGGACAUCCAUCGUAGCAUAAGGCAGAGUGGAUUAUCAUCGAAUGUUGAAGUUGGAAAUGCCCUGUUAGACAUGUAUGUAAAAUGUGGAAGCAUGCAGAGGGCAUACGAGUUGUUUGACACAAUGCCUCAACGAAAUGUUGUCUCAUGGACUGCUAUGAUUUCAGGAUGUGCUCAAAAUGGGCUAUUUGAAAUGGCUUUGGAAACUUUCAAGAAUAUGCAACUAGCAGGAGUAAAUCCAGACGCUGCAACCUUUGCGAGCGUUUUCCCAGCCUGUGCUAAAAUGGAAUAUUUGGAACAGGGUAUUGAAUUUCAUCAAAGGGUAAUGAAAUGUGGGUUUUUGUCGAAUGUUGUAGUUGGAAAUGCCCUCAUAAACAUGUACGCUAAAUGUGGAAGCAUACAGAAAGCCCGCAAAUUCUUUGACACAAUGUCUCAACAAGAUGUUGUUUCGUUUAAUGGAAUGAUUGCAGGAUAUGCACAAAAUGGGCACUUUGAAAAAGCUUUGGAGCUUUUCCGGCAAAUGCCACAAACAGGUGUCCAGCCUGAUAGGCUUACUUUUGUCAACAUUCUUCUAGCUUGUGGCAAGAUGGGAUAUUUGGAACUCGGUAUUGAUAUCCAUCAAAGCAUAAACAGAAGAGGGUAUUCGUCAGAUGUUGGUGUCGGGUAUGCCCUGAUAGAUAUGUACGCAAAAUGUAACAGCAUACAGAGGGCACGAGAACUGUUUGACACAAUGCCAGAACGAGAUGUUGUCUCAUGGACUACAAUGAUUGCAGGAUAUGCAAAAAAUGGUGUUCUUGAGGAGGCAUUACAGCUUUUGAAAGAAAUGCCUCAACAGGAUGCCAUUUCAUGGAAUGCAAUAAUUGCACGAUAUGCACAAGAUGGCCUUGUUGAGAAGGCAUUGGAGAUUUUUAAGCAAAUGAAAUUGGCAGGGGUUACGCCAAAUGCAGCAACCUUUGUCAGUAUCCUGUCAGCUUGUACCAAAACAGGGGCUUUGGAACAGGGCAUGGACAUCCAUAAAAGUAUAAGGAAAAUCGGACUUUGCUCAAAUGUUUUGGUUGGGAGUUCUCUGAUAGACAUGUAUGCUAAGUGUGGAAACAUACGAAAGGCACGUGAAUUGUUUGAUGCAAUGCCUCAACAAGAUGUGGUCUCAUGGACAGCUAUGAUUGCAGGAUAUGGAAUGCAUGGCUAUGGUGAGGAUGCCAUUGAACUUUUUGAACUAAUGAAGCUCUCUCGAACUUACCCUGACCAUGUUAGUUUUGUUUGUGUUCUAUUUGCAUGCAGCCAUAUAGGUCUAGUCAACAAGGGAUGUAAAUACUUCAAUGAGAUGAAUGACUCUUAUUGCAUUAUGCCUUCAGUAGAUCAUUAUAUCACAUAAGGACGUACGGCUAGGAGAAUUUGUGGCAACUCUCCUUUUUAAGUUGGAUCCUACAAAUACUGCACCUUAUGAUCUUCUGUCCAACAUUUAUGCAGAGGUGGGAAAGUGGGAUGACGUUCAAAAC